CAUUUCCUCUUUGGAUUCUUUGACCCAGAAGGUAUCUCCUUCAUCAGAUCACUUUUUGUGUACGACCUUGUUUGUGGUUGUUUUUGUUCGCUACAUGUAUGUUGAUAUGUGUGUAAGGUGUUUGAAAAAACUAUUGCUGUUUCAAGUUCUGUAAACAAUGGGUUUUGAUGAGGAGAAAGGAGCCGAGGCACAAAAUGUAGCUUCUGAAGCCACAAAAAAACAGCCCACAACAUCUGCAGGGCCAGAGGAUGUUUCUGACUCGGGAGAGUGGCUUAGCAGACAGCCAAGUGAAGCAUCUUGUUAUGCAACUGAAGAGGAAGAAGAAGAAGAAAGACAAAUACAGUUGGGUCCCAAAUGGAGUAUCAAACAACAUCUAGAGAAAGACAAGGAUGAUGAGAGCUUGAGGAGGUGGAAAGAACAACUUAUUGGGAGCGUCGAUGUCAAUGCAGUUGCAGAAACACAAGAACCAGAUGUCAAGAUUUUGAGCCUUACAAUUCUGUCACCUGGAAGACCUGAUCUUGUUCUUCCUAUUCCCGAGUCUGGGAACCCCAAGGGCCUUUGGUUUACCUUAAAGGAAGGUAGCCAUUACUGUCUAAGGUUCUCCAUUAAGGUCGGGAAUGAUAUUGUUUGUGGCCUCAAGUACACUAAUACUAUUUGGAAAACUGGCAUCAAAGUUGAUAGCUCAAAGGUGAUGCUUGGAACCUUCAGUCCUCAGGUGGAGCCCUACGUUCAUGAGAUGCCAGAAGAGACUACUCCUUCUGGUUAUUUCGCCAGAGGAUCGUAUUCAGCAAGAACAAAGUUUGUUGAUGACGAUAACAAGUGCUACUUGGAAAUCAACUAUACCUUUGAUAUCCAGAAAGAUUGGCCGUCAAAAUAGAGCAAGACUUUCUUAUCACUUGCAAUCUGAAGGAUUCUGGAUCCCACGGAUCAAAUUGCUCUGAGAAACUAUAUAGUUGAAGAAGAAUUGAAGGAAAGAAGGCAGCAUAGUUUCUUGUAGAGUACUAUUUAGUAGAAGACAGUGACCUGUUUAUUAUCUUUGCUCUGCUUUUGUUGAUCUCCUCUGCCUCUCUGCACAUCCAGACCUGGAGUAAAGGAGGCUUCUACUUGUAGUAAGUAUGGCAAGCUGCACUCCUUUCUGUCAGCUCUUUAGCCAGCAAUACAUGUAAUGGUUGAGCUAUGACCAUCUUUUUGUUUCCAAUUUUGGAAAAACUGAUCAUGUGACAGUUUUGCUUCCGGUAUAUUUAAGAUUAGCCAACUGAAAAGUGAUACUAUCU